AUGCCAUUGUUGCGCCGGGCUUCGACGGAGAAGAAGAUCGGAGAUGGAGUCGGCCGACGAUGUAGAGGUUCGUUUUUUUUGGACGGAGAGUUCGUCGCUUCAAACGGGCGGCGACAGAGCUUUGCUCGUGGGGCGAACGAGGCGCGAAAUUGGCGAAGAACGACGGAGGGUCCUCCAAUUCAAUUUCGCCGGAAGCCUCAGCCCCUCUGUCCCAUCAUAGCAACAUCGUCCAUGCCGCCGGCGAACCUUCCGGUCGUUCUCUGCCCCGCCAAGACAUCGUCAGUGGUCAUCUCUCGGUUACAGCCUUCCCCCGCCCCAAAGUCCCGCCACAAAGAUCACCUUCACUAUCAUGUCAAUCUAUUCUUUCAGUCGCGGUCACUAGCUCAUCGGCUCUUACCACAGUCGCGGUCGCCUUUCUUCCACUGUUCGCCACCGACAUCGACCAACCGGCAAUCAUUUCCAUCUGUGAACCCAGAUCCGCCUUCUAAAACCCUCACGACCGCCCAAUUCACCUUCCCCAACCAAAAUCUACUCCUCGCCGGCGCCGCCAGUGUGGAAGAUUCUGGUGCGACCCUCCUCACCAACAGCACGACGGAUUUGUCGCUCGCCCGCCGGGCAUUCUUCCCCAGCCCCAUCCGCUUUCCGAUCUAA